AAGAUUUACUCUGAGGCAAUACGAUGACUACUGGGCGGGGGGGGGGGGCGCGAUAACCCGGGCCUGCGCGCCAUGACAUUUAGACCGGCCCGGUUUAUGUGCGAGACCUGCGCCUUUGACUGGCCACUUCCGUGCGUCUCUUGCAUGCACUCAGACACCGUUGUGUCUAUUUCAUCACGCGCCACCUGCACCGCGGAGCAAACCCCGUUUGCGAGCCCUUUUGACCUGCGACGACUACGAUUGACACGAACAACGAGGGCCAUCGCUGCUAUCGCUUGGCUCAUCAACUUCAACCAAAUUACUCCACGUCCUUGCGUGCCCUGAUUCUCUGAAAUCCGGUGGUCUCGGUCUACAGCCAGCGCACACUCAGAACGAUGGGAAACGUCUGCGGAGGAGCCAGCGGCCAGGCUGUGGACCAGCAUGGAAAGCCUCUGAAUAAGACACCGGCCGCUGCAGCGCCCAAGACGGAGGCUGCUAAGCCGGUGGCGGAGCCGGCCCCAGCGGCUGCAGCUGCACCGGCGGCCGCUACACCUGCGGCAGCUGCACCGGCUGCAGCUGCACCGGCUGCAGCUGCCGCAGCCCCUGCUGCUGCAGCCGCUGGCAAAAAGCUCAAGGUGUACAUCAUCUUCUAUUCCACCUACGGCCACAUCGAGAAGCUAGCCCGCGAGUACAAGACGGCGCUGGAGAGCACUGGGGACGUGGAGGCGCACCUGUUCAGGGUGGCUGAGACGCUGCCCGCUGAUGCCCUGGAGAAGAUGCAUGCCCCGCCCAAGCCUGACGACAUCCCGGUGAUGGAGACCAGCAAGCUGCCAGACGCCGACGCCUUUGUGUUCGGCUUCCCCACGCGGUUCGGCAUGAUGGCGGGUCAGAUGAAGAACUUCUUUGACACGACGGGUGCAUUGUGGCAGGCGGGCGCGCUGCAUGGCAAGCCCGCGUCCAUGUUCACUUCCACCGCCACGCAGGGCGGCGGCCAGGAGACCACCAUCAUGACCGCCGUGACCCAGCUGGCCCACCACGGCAUGAUUUUCGUGCCCACUGGUUACGCGGCGGGCGCGGCAAUGUUUGGCAUCCAGGACGCCAAGGGCGGCUCGCCGUGGGGCGCCGGCACCCUGGCCGGCCCUGACGGCUCCCGGCAGCCCUCGGAAGUGGAGCUGGAGGCGCUCCGUGUGCAGGCCAAGCACUUCGGCGGCAUCGCCAAGAAACUCGCGGCGUGAGCGGAGCACAUGGGCGGAAUACACGGGCGAUGGGCGCGUUCCAGGCCUACACAAGCGCAGGGCUGAAGGCUGGCGACCUAUACAAGGGAGGCGCGGGAUUGCACGGAACCUGACGUGGGAGCCAACAUGUGACACUUGAACAUACAGACUCAUGGACGUGACCAGGCCGUUCCGACGGUCCCUUGCAUGCGGGGAGAGGGGGAUCGCGAGCGCUUCUGCACAUGCCUACUGUAGUUGGACACCAGCGGAUGUGGUCCAUAGCGAUGGAGGUGGUUAUUAAGGCACCGGGAGUAGCGAAUCGGCACCCAGUCGAAAGGCGUGGCGGGCUGUUCAUGAGAUGGGGCCAGGUAGUGGGCGUACGCGCUGUCUAGCAUACGGUAGGUUGGAUGGCACUCGGUGGAAUACCGUAUUGGGCUGCCACCAGUGAGUUCAGGGCAGGGGAACACUCCCGAGUGCCAGGUUUAGCAUGCCAACGUGAAGGCGUCUUGUUAAGGUGUUGCUUGCAAUUUAAGAUGUUUUCGCUGUUGCGUCAUCUAAGUGCGGUCCGCACUGCCAUGUAGGCUAACCGCCAGGACACGGAGGGCUAGAAGGCUUACUUGACUGCGUGAGGGCAAACCGGAAAUGCGAAACGUGUACGGACUCCCAGAGUGGAAGAUAGUAUGGUGAUAUGCCGAUAUGGUCUACAGUCCCUCCACCGGUCUCGACUUGCUGCAUGCGUGUGCCCAUGUUGCAUGCCUGCAUCAGUGUGCAUGCAUGCGGCAUGUUGGAUAUGGCAACAUUCUCACAGUGGGCUGCUGUUUCCCACAACAGGUAGCUUAUGCCACACAUAAUAAAGUAAGCGAGAAAGCUCC